UCAAAGUUGACUCACAGCCGACGCAGCGAGACGCGAUAUGAAAAACGAAAAACUCGCGUAACCGAGCGUGGACUCUGUAGCACUCUGUAGACGCUCACUUAAUCGGCAGUUGUUGCUACGAAUUCAUGCGCGUCGCGUCGUACCACGAAGGAUUCGGCGCUGAACGAAUAAUCCACGCGACCAAGUGAACAAUAAUGCUUGAGCAAAGUGCAAGCGUCGAAUCUGCCGAAGAAUCAUGCUUUGGACUGCCGCGUGAUUUACUUACGACUAUAAGUAAAUAGUUUACAUCGCGUCGCAUAGACUACUAGGAUUCGCUCAACAGGUUCUCGCAUAUUUCUCCUCGGUCAGUGAAUCUCCCACGAAACUAGAAACAUCCGUAGCACUUGCGAUCGUUUCUCGCUAUUCCAGAGAUUACCGAAAUUUUUAUCUGCUCGAAAAUUUCGAAUAUCGAACGAAAGAUAAUCACAAUCUUCUAUCGUGAAGUUAUAUCGUAAAGUUAAGUUCAGGUCGAGCGAAUAACUUCGGUAUGAUGGAAUAAACGCAGCGACGAUUUUCAUUCUUCCCUUCGCUUGGAAACUGUUUGAACUGUCGACUAAUGCCGCGGAAACCCAGUUUGUUUACAUACGAUAGUGUUCUUUACCUGUUGAAAAGAGGGGGUCAUUUUUGAUUGACGUUAACGUCUCGGACAUAGUCCUGCGAUGGAAGUGUACGAGAAUGGUGCGAGCGUCGAUCCGAUGAUGCGAAUGAUAGACGAAGGAUGCACGAUCCAAUUAACGACGAGGGACAACCAGAAUUUCCUUAACCCAGAUACUCAACCCAUGACUCGAAUGCACGUGGAGUUCGACAAUCUCUCCUACUCGGUUUCUUGUAAAAAAGAAAAAUCGAAGAAGUUGCUGGAGAGCGUGACUGGGUGUUUCCGGCCAGGAAAACUGACGGCGAUUAUAGGGCCAUCCGGUGCUGGAAAAACGACAUUGUUACGGAUCGUAUCGACGUUAAAAACGACUAACGUAAAGGGAUCCAUUACCGUUAACGGCAGGGAAUGGAACGGUGGCGUUUUUCGAAAGCAAACGUGUUUCUUACCGCAAGAAUUCGCGCUUUUACCAUUGCUCACCACCAGGGAAACGCUAUACAUCGCCGCGCGAUUGAAGGUUCAAGGUGUUCGCGGAUCCCGCUCUUUCUGUUUAAUUGUAAACGAAAUAGCCGAAAAUCUGGGAUUGACGCAUUGCCUGAACACGUUGGUGGAGAAUCUGAGCGGCGGCGAACGGAAAAGGCUGUCGAUCGGCAUAGAAAUGGUUACGCGACCUUGCGUUCUACUCCUCGACGAACCAACCAGCGGACUCGACAGCACCUCCUCGAACCAGGUGAUUGGUCUGUUGCAUAACAUGGCAAGAACAGGUUGCACGGUCGCGUGCGCGAUUCAUCAGCCCAGCAGUCGCACGAUAUCACAAUUCGACGACCUGUUGGUUCUCCACAAAGGAAAGUCAUUCUACUGCGGUAACUGGGACGACGUUUUACCUACAUUCGAAAGCGCCGGCUACGCGUGUCCCCCGUUUUACAACAUAGCGGAAUUCGUUCUGGAGGUUGUAACCGCGGAGAGAGGCGGGGAUUUGUGUAACCUGUACACAAACAGCCGCGAAAAGUACUCGGAAUGGAAAACGCACUUCAAGUAUCCAAACAUGGGGAGCGAUUCGGCGGUUACAACGAAAAUAGACAACACUUCGAGCAAAUCGAAAUCGAUUUCUAUGUGGCAAGAACAGAAAAUCCUGUUAACGCGAGCGAUGAUUUGCAUCAGACGAGAUAAUACCCUAACGAAGCUCAGAUUUGCGGCUCACGUGGUAGUGGCGUUUCUACUAGGCGUAGUAUUCUACAAUUCUGGGACUGACGCCAGUAGAGUUAACAGCAACAUAGCAUGCGUGUUUUUCAUUUUGCUGUUUCUGUAUUUCGCGAGUUCCAUGCCAGCGGUGUUGACGUUUCCCAUUGAAGCUGCAGUCUUCCUGCGGGAAUACUUGAAUAAUUGGUACCGCCUAAGGUCUUAUUACACCGCUAAAAUUAUGUCGGAUUUACCAUUGCAAAUCCUUUCUCCUUCGAUUUUCAUCGUUAUCGCGUAUUGCAUGACUGGCCAACCAAUCGAGUGCGUCAGAUUUGUCCGUACUUGGUUGAUUUGCAUUUUAACAACGGUCGUCGGACAGUCGUCAGGAAUGCUUGUCGGGGUUGCAUUCGACACACACUUAGGAGUGUUUUUGAUCCCUGCGCUCAACAUGCCGAUGAUCCUGUUUGCUGGAUUUUUCUUAAAAUUCAGCGAGGUAACAUUUUACCUACAACCUUUGUGCGUUGUCAGUUUCUUCAGGUACGCAUUCGAAGGUAUUCUGGUGACAAUUUACGGCGAUGGCAGAGAAAGAUUGCCGUGUUCCAAAUUGUAUUGCCACUUACGCUCGCCGAAUAGAAUUCUGGAGGAGAUGAAUAUGCCGACAAUUACAUAUUAUACCGCGAUACUCGGAUUACUCGUUUGGAUAAUCUGUUUACAAGCGUUGACGUACCUGGUAUUAAAAUGGAAAGCGUACAUGGCUAAGAGAUAAUUCGUGACUUUUAAAUAAUCGUUUAUGUACUUAGAAGUAAUUCUAAUUAGAAGUAAAUAUAAGUAAUUCGUAUUUUAUAAUAGAUUAGUCCAUAGCA